GGAAGACGUCAUCACCAUGCGACAUAUGUGUGUCUGCUGCCCCCUCCUCCAGACAGUCGGUCACUGCUGUCUUUGAUCCCCGAUGACGGCCUCCACUCGCAGGACGGUGUUGUCACUGUACAUGCGGGUGUUUCGCGUCGCCCGUAAUUGGCAGGCACAGAGUGCAGUAAUAACUGACACAGAGAGUGAGAGAAAAUACAUUCUUCAGGAGGCCUCCACUCUGUUCAGACAGAACCAGCAGCUCACAGAUCAAGAAUCGAUAAAAAAGUGUAUAGAAGAAUGUGAAGCAAGGAUAGAAAUGGGUUUACAUUACAGGAACCCAUAUCCAAGGGCUACGUACCUACCACAGCUGGGAUUGGCAACUCAGAAAGGCAGGAAGCUGAAAGCACAGCAGCGCCUGAGGAAGCAGGCCAAGCCAAUAUACUUACAGUCACAUGACGACACCUGAUGCUCGAUAUCCUCGCUCCUCACCAACAGUUCAAGUUACCAUGCAGGCAGGAAACUAGAGCGCGAUUACAAGAUGGUCUCCUGGGCUUAGCUGUUGCAGGCACUCAGUGAUGCUAGAACUCCAGUCAAUCAGGAAAAAGGCUUUUUUUUUUUUACUUUAAAGUGCUUCAACAUGAGUUCCUCAGUUUAGCUUAAAGGUUGUCAGCAUCUGUUCAGCCCAGGAAGUCUGUCAGGGUAGAGUGACUUGUAAUAUAAGAUUAAGUUGUAUAUUUUAUUAAUUUUUCUGUGUAAAAAAUAAAAUGAAUACUUCACGUUAUGUCUCAACUGCUAAAAAAACCCCCAAAUAAAGUUGUAUUAAAAUCUUUUAUUCUAGUUAUACAUUUGUGACUUGACAUCUGUAGUAUCUAAGUAGGAUCCGUGAGUCACUCAUCAAUGUCCAUCUUCUCUCUUUUCCAGAAUUAACUUUUUUAGGAGCCAACUCCUUAAUAUUGGCCCCAUUCCUCAGCUUUUCCAUACAGGUAGCCUGUUUAUUCACGCAGAAAAUAUGAAAUAAACUCCAGGAAUGUUGGCAGCACGGAGUAAAAAGGGGAAAGUCAUUUCUCACUAAUCUAAAAUACUGAACCAUUGCCAUGUAUGCAGAUGGUGUACUUCCUCUGAAGUUAACCAUCUUUUCUACAGAAGAAGGACUGGGUGAGGUAGACAGGAAGAGGGGCCCUUUACAGUACCGUACAUUUUUCAGUUAUGACGACAUGAGGAAGAAUUUACAAAGAGCUUUCCAGGAAGCCAUCAAAACAGGAACAGAGGGGAUGAAAAAACAGUAAUGAAAUGUGUAAACUUUGUGAGAGGCAAGUUAAUGGUGGGAGGGUAAAAAAGCAGUAAGUUUGUAAUUUAAGUAUCAAAUAGUGUGUUUUGAUUCAACAUUUCUACUUUUGCAUCUAUUCAUCUGUUUGCUUUAAAAGACAAGGGGGAAAAUGCUUUAGACUGUAUCUAAAAGUCUUCAUUGUUUUUAUCAAUAUAACAUGAGAUAUGAUGUAUUAUUUGUUAUAAAUUGUUGGAUCAAUGUACAACAUUUACACCCCCUAACAUCUCAUACUUGAGCCUUUGGUCUCUCUUACUUGAUAUGUUGUUUUUACUUUCUCUUUUGAAAUGAACACGUCACCUCUGACUUGAGCAAUACUAUGAUUCUGAAGACAAAUAUACAAUAGUUAGGGCAGAUGAAUUGUUUAAUUGUGUUUACAAUUUAGGUGUAAAUAAAUAACAAGUGGCAGAAAAUACUUUUUUAAGUCACUUAUUUAUGGGUUCAAAUGCCAGAUUCUUUUUUUUUUUACUCUGUCAAAGAGUCCUGUUCAACGGGACCUUUACUGCAUCAUUGGGACAUUUUGUAAA